AUGGAAGCUGAACACACAAUUGCCGAUAGUAAUACCAGGCUCCCAAUCGAGAUCAUUUUGUUGAUAGUUGAGAACCUGAUCCCUCAGUAUGAUGGGUCGCGACCAAUCCUCCCCGCAUCACAUCCUAUCACGAAAACACUCGUGGCUUUAACCAGGGCGUGCAAAGCAAUACAUCCCACUGCUAGCAAACUCAUUUGGCAAAACUGUCUCUACAUCGAUAGAAAGUCAAAGCUCCGCAGGUUCAGACGUUACAUCUCGCAAAAGAGCCCAAUCACCGGGCGUUCACCAUGUGAAGCCUAUGGCUCAGCCAAACUAUAUCUCAGCCCAUUACAUUACAAGUUUGACACUGCCUCUACUUAUGGGGCUAUCGCUCCGUCUGUACGUCGUGGUAAGGAGAAACCUGGUCGUAUGAGCGACGGCUCGGACAGUGACAUGGAAACUGAUCAGAGCGAUGAAUGGGCUGAUGGGUCACAAACUGGGAGUCAUCGCGCACCUCGUUCAAGAUCCCCUGUGGAUGAUGGAUAUUCUGAAUACUCAACUCACAAUUGGAGAGACGCGCCAAUGCAGGACCUCCGAACGAUCCACAUUCUCAAAGACGUUCUCGUCACUCUUGCACCAGUCCUCAAGACCAUCAUCGUCGAUAUGCCCUUGAGAGAUUUAAGUCCUACACAAAAUGGAGACAUCUUGGAGCCACUCAGACAAGGAUUCGAGGCUCUGGUCAAUAUCGAAGAACUUAUCAGCGUGAAAGACGAAUUAUACGUGGAUACGGAUACUGAAGUUAUACAACCCCAUGUCUUUAUCAAAUGGCCGAAACUGCGGCGUUUAUGUCUGUACAACGUCAUGGCUGCGGAUACAUUCUUCGAGGAUAUGGCGUCGUGUCCACAGUUAGAUACGGCUGUUUUCGUGCGGCCUGACCUCGCCGAUGAUGUCAAAGGGGAAUGGGCGGCGGCGUGGGCCAAAAUCAACCGCCAGGACACGAAGGAUGACGGUCCGGUGUAUCAAGGGCCCAAAAUCUCAAUGGCUUUCUGCGACUGGCCACCCUACCUAUAUGACUUCAGUAGCAAGAUACCUCACUGGCAAGAAGUAGACCCCGACAACAAAAUCAUUGUCUCAACUGUGGCUACGCAUCAAAGAUAUGAUAGAAGAUCAAGGAGAAGGGGUCCGAUCGCCUCAUGCCAGGAUUGGAUCAGGGAUCACGCUUUACGUGGUACGAUUUGGAGUGAAGUUGAGACCAAGUGCCAGCCUGUGACUCCGCCAAUAAUGUUUGAGGGUCAGGUUGAGGACGACGACGAUGAAUGGGUUGAUGACGACGAUGGCGAGGACUGGAGUGACGAUAAUUCCGAUUUAUGGUGA